AUGCGACAAGGAGGGCGGCUCUACGGCAAGCUGUCGUCGUGGGAUGCCUACGCGCCCGUGAGUACGGCGGCGCUGGUGCUGACCCUCGCCUCCACGGUGCUCGCCGCCUUCCCCUCGCCCCUGCCCGGCUUCUCCGACGACCCGGCCAAGGUGGCCUCGCUCAUGCGCUGGGCGCUCUGGAUGAUGAACUCGCCGCCCCGCACCCGGGAGACGGAUACCGGGCUGUCUGGUGAGCGAGGAGUCCGUCACGCCGCAUCUGGCCCACUCGCUCCCUCCUUCAACCCGCACGAACGAAUGCGUGUGUACACACCGCAGUCGCAGUUCUUCUUCAGCGAAACGAUCAGUCAGCUGGAGCGCCACAUCGCGUGCGCGUCGGCGGACCACCUGGUGGGCGCGUCGCAGCGCACGCCCAUCCACGGCCCCGCUGCUGGCCAUCCGCUACACAUGAUCCAGGACGUCAACUUCAAGACCCUCAAGGCCACCAACGUCGACGCUUCGACCGACGGUGGUGGAUCGAAGCAGAUCGCCGACUGGCGGCGCCUCCUGCUCGGCCGCCUGCUGGCCUGCCUGACCCGCAAGGCCACCAACCUCAUGCUGCCCAUCACGGCCUCCGCCCAGACCAUCCCCGAGUACCUGGCGGUCUGCGCAUGGCUCUCCAUCAAGGAGGUGGGCCUCCUGCUCGGCUCCCUCGUCAACGCCGUGCCCGUGCCCUCGCCCAAUCAGAAAAGAGGUAACAACCCUCCUCGCCGCCCCAUUGGGCGCCGCCUUAACAUCCCAUAA